CACAGAUGAUAUUUGAUUCCCUCGCUUCCCCCAAAUGUAGUUUCUCGGAACUCAGCUGACCCGACAAUGGAUCAGAGAAGUGGAUGCAUAGUAUAUGCCGACCCACCCUAGACCGACAUAGCACGAACAAAUUGUCAGCACAAUUCAGAAGGCACUUCGUGUGUACUCUUCCAUGAUGACAUCCGUGAUGACGGGAGACGGUUAUAAGCACAUUCAUCCCUGAGUUUAUCCUCUCACUCUUCCUUCACUCCAUGGGUGCAAUCACACUACUCCAAAACGGCUUGCUUGCGACGUUCACGAAUGCUGAUGGGCCGACGGCAACCCCUGCCGCUCGUCGGGCGGACGUAUUGAUCGAUACUGAUCGAAUAGUUCAAGUGGCUGCGGCAAAUAGUAUCGAUGCUGCGGCAUUAAGUCCACCUGCCGCCCAAGUCAUCGAUUGUUCGAACAAGUGGAUUGCUCCUGGUUUUGUGGAUACUCAUAGGCAUCUAUGGAUGUCUGUUGUGGAGGGGCAUGAAGAUUGGACGUUGGCUGAAUAUUUGGCCAAGCUCUCGUGGACUACUGCCAGCGUCGUCGACGCAGAUGACGUUUACAUUGGAGAACUUGCUGGGGCACUGCAAGCUCUCCAUGGGGGUACAACUACGGUUGUGGAUCACUUUCAUUGCGCCAACUCCCCUGAGCAUAUCAAGAAGGCGAUUGAAGCCGCAACCGAAUCUGGGCUUCGGUGCAUGCUCUGCAUGGCUCGUCAGUCUGUUCCCUCAAGCAUCGAUCCCCUUCGGUUUGACAACGAUUCAGCCAUCUCGGACAUGCAGGUCUCUAUGCUCGAAUCACUUGCUCAGAUCGACGCAGGAAAACUCACGCGUGAUGGGAGGGUGACCCUCGGGCUUGCAUACGACGUCCUCGGGCUCAAUCCUGUAGAGGAUAAACGCAUUGUCACACUCGCUCGGUCCCUCAACAUCACACCCAUCACUGCACACUUUGUCGGUGGUCCACAGGCCCCUGCGUACGGGAACAAAGCGCAUGUGUGGAACAAUGCUGGUCUCCUAGACGGGGACAUCAUAUUCUCACACGCAAAUGGAUUCACGCAUCGGGGCGGUGAUGAGAACGAGUGGGCGCUCCUCAAAAAUUCGGGUGCCAGUAUCGCGUCUACACCUGAGGACGAACUCGGGAUGGGACACGGGGGCCCCGUCACCUAUGAAGCUGUGAGAAGGGGCGUCAAGGUUGGAUUAGGCAUCGACUGUAAGUCAAUCGUCAGCGCGGACAUGUUUCCUGCGAUGCAUUCUGUCCUUCAGUGGGAGCGAGGUCGCAUCCACGCCCUGCAUGCACACACAUCCCCUCCCAAGGCGGUGAAAUACAACGCUUACAGCUGUGCCUCCGUAUUCCGCCUCGCCACAUUGGGAGGCGCCGAAGCCGCCCACGCAGCAGACCGAAUCGGGUCUAUAGAGCCGGGCAAGCUGGCCGAUAUUGUGCUCUACGACGCCGAUUCGAUCAACCUCGCGGGGUGCACCGACCCAUUCAAGGGAAUCGUGAUACACGCCACGGCACAGGAUGUAGACUUGGUCAUGGUCAACGGAACGAUCGUAAAAAAGAACGGGAGAUUGCUGCCUGUGGUUACGAGCAGGGGAGCGGAAGAAUGGCCAAAGAUCGCAGCGCGUUUGAAGACGAGAAUCGCGGGCAUUCAGAAACGACUCGCAGGGACGGAUCUCCAUGCCAGGUAUGACACGGUGGCAAAAAUUCUUCAUUAUGAUUUCGCGGAUGAGCAGUGAUAAGAGGAUGCUCUGUACACGAUAAUCCUCAUUGUGUACUAUCGAGGCAGCUAUGAAAUGUAGUUCUACCAGC